AUGGAUGACGAGCAGAAUGGUGCUGAGGCGGAGCAUUUGAAUAAUGCGAUUGCCGCCGCCGCCGCCGCUGCGGCAGCCGCUGCAGCUCAGCAACAGAAUCCGAAUGAGGUGACGAUCGGCCCGCAACCGCAACAAUCAACGCAAUCAAAUCAUGCAGGCAGCUCAAAUGGCAUUCACUCAGCUCACCCACAGUACACCGUCGAGUAUUUGUCGCAACUGCUCAAAGACAAGAAACAACUAGCUGCUUUUCCCAACGUUUUUCACCAUUUGGAGCGCUUAGCCGACGAGGAGAUCAGCAAAGUUCGUGUGGCACUGUUCCAGUUCGAAUUCACCAAAGAAGAUGUUGUUCUGCCGGAACCGCAAGGCGAGAUCUCAGUUCACACCGAGAAAGUCUUUGUUCCAGCUAAAGAGCAUCCUGAUUACAACUUCGUCGGGCGAAUAUUGGGCCCGCGAGGAAUGACAGCGAAACAACUCGAACAGGAGACUGGAUGUAAAAUAAUGGUCCGUGGACGUGGUUCGAUGCGUGACAAGAAGAAGGAGGAAAUGAAUCGGGGCAAGCCGAACUGGGAGCAUCUCUCCGAGGAGCUUCACGUGCUCAUUCAAUGCGAAGACACAGCCAACCGUGCGCGCCUCAAGCUUAUGCGCGCCGUUGAAGAAGUGAAAAAGCUUUUGGUGCCAGCGCCAGAAGGAGAGGAUGAGCUCAAGAGGAAACAAUUAAUGGAAUUGGCCAUUAUCAACGGCACGUACAGAUCGAACGCUGAUCAGAAUGCACUGGCUGUGGCUCAACUAGCAGCCGUUAAAAACCAACAACCACUUGCUGCAGCACUUCAAGUCGCUCUGGCGCAACAGCAAUCGCGCGCUGGAUUCCAAAUGCUUGGGGCUUCGGGAUUAGCUCGAUCGCCGACCAUGGCUGUUGUUGGAGCUCCAAUUGUGAUGAGCCCGAGUGGAAGAGCGGCCAGCGCUGGAAGCGCCACUUCGCAGGCACAAGCUGCCCUUCUAAUGCAGCAACAGGCACAGGCUGCUCAAGGAUCGGCCGCUUUGGCGUCAGCUCAGCAAGCCGCGCUGUUGCAGCAACAUCAGGAAUAUCAGCAGUUGUUGUUGAACCAAGGUCUGUAUGAUCUGAACGCAGCGGCCAUCCAGCAACAACUUGCUACGCAAUCAGCUGCUGCUCAGGCGCAAGUCUACAGCGGAAUGAUGGCCCAGACCGGGCAGCAACAAUAUUCUGAAUACGCGGGAGUCGAUUUGACGAGUCAGGAGACAGCCGGUGGGUAUUAUGUUAGACGAUGGGCUUGA